CAAGAUUCUGUUUUAGUAGACACCUCUCUGUUGCUGGAACAUACCAAUUGUAUCUUCAUCCUUCAUUUCCAACUGUGUAGGUUCUUCAGGUAUUAUGGAUUUAUUCAUUCAUCUACUCACCAUUUAUUGAAUGCUGCAUGUGACAGGAAUUAAAAGAUGCUUGAGAUAUAGCAUUGAACAAAGCAGACAGAUUCUGCUAUCAUGGUACUUAAAUUGUUGUGGGUCAGAUAAUAAGUGAGCUCUGCCUUCUCAGGCCCAGUCCAUUCCCAGAAAGAAGAGGAAAUGAAUGAAUUCCAGGACACGGUGACAUUCAAAGAUGUGGCUAUUGAUUUCACUCAGGAAGAGUGGCAGCAAUUGGAUCCAGCUCAAAGGAACCUGUACCGGAAUGUGAUGUUAGAAAACUAUAACAACUUAAUCACAGUGGGAUGUCCAUUCACCAAACCUGAUGUGAUUUUCAAGUUGGAGCAAGAAGAAGAACCAUGGGUCAUGGAGGAAGAAGUGUUAAAGAAACACUGUCCAGGAGAAAUAUGGGGGAUGGAUGAGCAGCUGAAAAUUCAGGACAGGCUUUUGACACAACUUGAAGAUAAAUUCACAAAAACACUGACUGAAGAAAAAGUCAGUGAAUGUCAUAAGAAAUUUGCAAAUGCAUUUCCUCUGAACUCAGACUUUUUUCCUUCCAGUCACAGUGUCUAUGAAUAUGACUUAUUUGGAAAGUGUUUAGAACAUAAUAAUUUCAACUAUUAUGAGAGAAUCUUUAUAGGAAGAGAAGACUGUGAAUAUAAGGAGCCUAUGAAAUCAUUUGGCAAUAGCUUGUCCCAUCUUGUAGUAACCCCCUUUAAGUGUAAUCAUUGUGGAAAAGGUUUUGAUCAAACUUUGGACCUCAUCAGACACUUGAGAAUUCAUACUGGAGAGAAGCCCUAUGAAUGUAAAAAAUGUAGAAAAGCCUUCAGUCACAAGGAAAAACUGAUUAAACAUCAUAAAAUUCACAGUAGGGAGCAAUCUUAUGAAUGUAAUGAAUGUGGGAAAGCUUUCAUUAAAAUGUCAAAUCUCAUUAGACAUCAACGAAUCCAUACUGGAGAGAAACCCUAUGCAUGUAAGGAGUGUGGGAAAUCCUUCAGCCAGAAAUCAAAUCUAAUUGAUCAUGAAAAAAUUCAUACUGGAGAGAAACCUUACGAAUGUCAUGAGUGUGGAAAAGCAUUCAGCCAGAAGCAAAGCCUCAUUGCACAUCAGAAAGUUCAUACUGGGGAGAAACCUUAUGCAUGUAAUGAAUGUGGUAAAGCCUUCCCACGAAUAGCAUCUCUUGCUCUUCAUAUGAGAAGUCAUACAGGAGAGAAACCUUAUAAAUGUGAUAAAUGUGGAAAAGCCUUCUCUCAGUUUUCCAUGCUUAUUAUACAUGUGAGAAUUCAUACAGGUGAGAAACCCUAUGAAUGUAAUGAAUGUGGAAAAUCUUUCUCUCAAAGCUCAGCCCUUACUGUACAUAUGAGAAGUCAUACUGGUGAGAAACCUUAUGAAUGUAAGGAAUGUAGAAAAGCCUUCAGCCACAAGAAGAACUUCAUUACACACCAAAAGAUUCAUACUAGAGAGAAACCUUAUGAAUGUAAUGAAUGUGGGAAAGCUUUCAUUCAGAUGUCAAAUCUUGUUAGACACCAGAGGAUUCACACUGGAGAAAAACCCUAUAUAUGUAAGGAAUGUGGCAAAGCCUUUAGCCAGAAAUCAAAUCUCAUUGCUCAUGAAAAAAUUCAUUCUGGAGAGAAACCCUAUGAAUGUAAUGAAUGUGGGAAGGCCUUCAGCCAAAAGCAAAACUUUAUUACACAUCAAAAAGUUCACACUGGAGAGAAACCUUAUGACUGUAAUGAAUGUGGUAAAGCCUUCUCUCAAAUUGCUUCCCUUACUCUUCAUCUGAGAAGUCACACAGGGGAAAAGCCUUAUGAAUGUGAUAAAUGUGGGAAAGCCUUCUCUCAGUGCUCACUACUUAAUUUACAUAUGAGAAGUCAUACAGGUGAGAAACCCUAUGUAUGUAAUGAAUGUGGAAAAGCUUUCUCUCAAAGAACUUCCCUUAUUGUACACAUGAGAGGUCAUACAGGUGAGAAACCUUAUGAAUGUAACAAAUGUGGAAAAGCCUUCUCCCAAAGUUCCUCCCUUACAAUACAUAUACGAGGUCAUACAGGUGAGAAACCCUUUGACUGUAGUAAAUGUGGAAAAGCCUUUUCCCAAAUCUCAUCUCUUACACUUCACAUGAGAAAACAUACAGGUAGAAGCCUUAUCAUUGUAAUGAGUGUGGUAAGGCCUUCAGCCAAAAGUCACACCUUGUUAGACACCAGAGAAUUCAUACUUAUUAGAAAUAGAAACUUUACAAAUCUUGUGAAUAUGGAAAAAGACUUCAGAAGGAAUUUGCAUUUUCUUGCACAUUAUAUAAUGGGAUCUAGAGCAGAAAACUGUGAAUGUGGGAAAGCCUUUUUAAGAAGCCACACAUUUGUGAUACAGAAUUCUUACCAAGGGGAUAAAAUGUAUGAGAAAGCUGAUCAUCAAAAACCUUCAGCAGACAUCUUACCUAAUGAUAUUUAUUCAGCAUUCUCACUAAAAUCUGAAACAAGAUAUUUGCUAUAAGCUUGUCAACAUGAUACUUGAGCUCCUAGCCAUUGCAGAAAAAAGAAAUACUUUUAAAAUAACCUUUUUAUACUAGAAUAGUUAAUUAGAAGAUAUGUUGAUAUAAAAUAUUUAUGAAUAAACAUAAUAGUGAAUUACAACACAUAUAUAUGUAGUUAAACAUUUUGAAGGUUACAAAAGAACACCUGAAAUUUUGAGAAAAAUAACAUUGUCUAAAAAAACAUAUAUAUAUAUAAUUUCUCACAAAUCUCUAAAGUACUUCCACUCAAAGUUUUGUUUUUUUUUUUUUUUACCAGUUUUUAAGAAUUUCACAAACUGAUUGAAAUUUUAUAUAGGAAUGUAAAGGGCCACAAAUAGGUGAAAUAUGUAAAAAAAAAAAGAAGAUACACCAUUAGAUAUCACAUUUAUUUAAAGCUGGUAUCAUUGUUUUUAAGCGAUGUUCUUAAUGAGUAGAUCAGUGAAACAAGUUGAAGAUUGGAGGAAGGAGAUAUGGAAAUUUUGUGUAUUAUUGUGCUAUUCAAAUCACUGGAGAGAAAAUGACCUAUUCAAUAAAUGGAAGAUUCAUAUUAACAAAAAAUGUUAGCUCUCUACUUUUUAUCAUAUACAAAAAUAAAAUCCAAACAGACUGAAGACUAGAACAUAAAAAGCAAAAUUCUAUAUGAUGAAAAUAAAAUAGACUAUAUUUACUACUAUAGAGUAACAGGAUUUCUUUAAACAUACAUAAAUGUGGAACAUUCAGUUCUCUUUUGGUGCAUUGGCUUCAGAGGCACCCACAUAUGUCACAGAGAUACAUAUAUCUUUAUGUUAACUGGACAUGGUUUGUAUUCCUCUAAAUAGAAUACAUACAUUUUCAUUAAUAGAGGGAUAGAGUGAUACAAUAUGAUUUUCUAUGAUAGAACAUAAUAUUUAAAAAUACAAAUUUGACAUAUAAUUACAUGGAUAGACUACAUAAUAUUGACAGAAAAAGCAAAAUGUACCAUGAACAUUUCUAUAAAUUUAAUAAAACAAUGCAAAGAACAGUACUGUGUGUUGAUCAUGGAUACAUAUAUGACAUUGACUGCCUUUUAGGAAGUGAAGGCAGUUGUUAUAUUUAUCAGCAAUAUUUCUUUAAUAAAAGACAAAGCAAAUA